AUGGCAGGGGGAAUUUUCGAACCGUUCUCGGUGUACAAUCGGAGCAAGCACUCCAAAAGUGGAAUAGUGGGCGGGAACCACUCAAACAUAGGCGCGGGGAGGACGAUGUUGCUUUUCGCGGACGAAUACCGCGAGCCCAAGGCGCAGGCGGACGCAGCACAUGGUGCGGCCGUGCAGGCAGCGGGCACGGGGUCGGAGCCUGCGUCGCGGAAGGGGAGUGUGGGGGAGGGACCCAACAUGGUGGACUUGUCCACGCUCAGCCAGGCCGAGUUCGAGCGGCUCAAAGCCACAUUGAGAAAGGGGGCCCCGAACAACAGGGUAAAUUUUUAA